AUCUCGAGAGCAAGCAGGUGUGCUGACUCGUCAUGGCGGAAGCGUUUGAGGACCUCCUCAAAGCCAUCGGCACUGGAAAAUGGAACAUCAUGACCUUCUUCGCAGUUGCUUAUUAGACACUGAAAACACUGAAAAAUAGCCCAAGUAAAAAUUGGUGUCUUCAUGAAUGACUGACCCCAUGAAAACUAUAAGUUUUUCGGACUGGUAGGAGGGAAUAAUAUACAUUGGGACUUUUGAUUUCGGCUUCUUGAUCUCCGGUUUGAGGUGAUUGUUUACCACGCCCUUGCCGUAGCCUUUCUGGCACCUGCCGUAAAGCACACAUGCGUCAUCCCGCUGGAGGAUCAACUUACGUUAACUUCGCAGGUUUAUGAACGACAACGCAACGGAGACAGACCAAUGUUACUACACCUCAAGAAACAUCUCCAGACGGUGCACUGAAUGGCGUUACGACAAUACCACCUUCGGGCACACCAUCACAUCGGAGUUCGACCUGGUAUGCAGCAGGGCUUAUCUGAGGUCCAUCUACCAAAGUAUAUACAUGUUCGGAAGCCUCAUCGCGGCUCCCAUAGGAGGCAUCUUGGCGGAUAAAUACGGUCGCAAGUUCCUGUUCACGAUCGGUGCCACUACGUAUUUCGUUCUAAGCCUAAUCGCCUGUUGGCUGCCCACCAUGCCCACUAUUCUCGCGUUUCGAUUCCUUAUGGGCCUCAUGCACACGCCUACCAUGAAUGCAGCGUUUAUACUUGGAAUGGAAGUAUGUGCCCCUUCGGCGAGGGCAUUGGUGGGGAUGUUCUUCGCCCUGCCCUGGGCAUUUGGCACGGUCAUCUGGGGUGCAUUAGCCUAUUUCAUCAGAGACUGGCGCUGGCUCCAAUUCGCCAUUUCAGUACCCACCGUUAUUCUCUUCCCAGCCCUGUGGUACAUCGACGAAUCCCCGAGAUGGCUAGUCGUCCGUGGCCAGCAUGCUCGCGCCAUCAAGAUCCUCCAGAAGGCGGCUCGCUGGAACGGCACCUCGCUCCCCCCGGAGGAAAACAUGAAAGAGCUGAUGAGGCAAACGCAGAGUACAGUGACUUCGGCAACCGAGGAAGGAGAUCCUACUGAGAAGACCCAUCUGCAGAUGAUUUGGAAGAAGAUGAAAAAUUGUACCAAACAACUUUUCAUAUUACUCAGAACUCCGAGGCUGAGGCGCAUCACCCUGGUCGUGUGGAUGACCUUCAUGUUCUCCUCGACCGUCUUCUUCGGACUGACCCUCAAUGCCCUGAACUUCAGCGUCGAUCCUUACAUCUACAUGAUAUUCAACGGGUUGGUCGAAAUCCCGGCGUACAUACUUCCGGCCCCGAUAGCUGCCCGCUUCGGCCGCAAGUUCCCCAUCAUCAUCGGCUUCUCGGUCACCAGCGUCUGCCUUCUGGCGCUGCCCUUCAUCGAUAAGGACGAAUCUACGCUGGUGGUAACAGUGGCAAUGUGUGGAAGACUUCUGCUGAGUUCAGCAUUUCAGCUCUUCUUUCUGUACAGCGCUGAGCUAUUCCCGACAGAAGUCCGACUCCAAGGAUUUGGCUCAGGUAUAUUCCUCUCCAGGCUGGGAGGGAUAUUCGCCCCCUUCAUCACAGAACUGUUGGGCCCUCUGUACUCCUGGUCGCCAUCAGUUGUGUUUGGUGUCUUUUCCUUGAUAACAGGCUCAAUCUUGCUACUCCUUCCGGAGACGCUGAACAAACCUAUGCCGGAGACAAUCGCAGAGCUUGAAAAGGACUCGCCCAACGCUGCCAGCAACAAGAAGAACAACUUGGAAAUGGAAAAUACUUCGCCCGGCGACACCGACAAGUAGUAGAACUAGAACUUGAAGGCGAGCUGAUCACCACCAAUAGGCUAAGACUAAGAAUAGCAAGACUUCAUAUUGUAUACAGUUCUGAACUCAUAUGUUUUUGAAAUUUAUAUUCUUUACUUAACUUACCGCCCCCUACCCCCUUCUCUCUCUCUCUCUCUCUCUCUCUCUCUCUCUCUCUCUCUCUCUCUCUCUCAUGGCAAGGGAUUA